GGUGUCAGAACUCUGGCGCCGAAGUGAUGGGCAGCCAGGAGGUGCUGGGCCAAGCGGCCCGGCUGGCCUCCUCCGGUCUCCUCAUGCAGGUGUUGUUUCGAUUGAUCACCUUUGUCUUGAAUGCAUUUAUUCUUCGUUUCUUGUCCAAGGAAAUUGUUGGCGUAGUGAAUGUAAGGCUAAUGCUGCUUUACUCAACCACCAUCUUCCUGGCCAGAGAGGCCUUCCGCAGAGCAUGUCUGAGUGGGGGCGCCCAGCGAGACUGGAGCCAGACCCUCAACCUCCUGUGGCUCACAGUCCCUCUGGGUGUGUUUUGGUCUUUGUUCCUGGGCUGGGUCUGGUUACAGUUGCUGGAAGUGCCUGAUCCUAAUGUUGUCCCCCACUAUGGAACUGGAGUGGUGCUGUUUGGCCUUGCAGCAGUGGUGGAACUUUUGGGAGAGCCCUUCUGGGUCUUGGCUCAAGCACAUAUGUUUGUGAAGCUCAAGGUGAUUGCUGAGAGCCUGUCAGUAAUCCUCAAGAGUGUCCUAACAGCCUCUCUUGUGCUGUGCUUGCCUCACUGGGGGCUGUACAUUUUCUCUUUGGCCCAGCUUUUCUAUACCACAGUUCUGGUGCUCUGCUAUGUUACUUAUUUCACAAAGUUACUGGGUUCCCCAGAAUCCACCAAGCAGCAAACUCUUCCUGUCUCCAGAAUGACAGAUCUGUUACCCAGCAUCACAGGAAGUGGAGCUUUUUUAAAUUGGAAAGAGGCCAAAUUGACUUGGAGUUUUUUCAAACAGUCUUUCUUGAAACAGAUUUUGACAGAAGGAGAGCGAUAUGUGAUGACAUUUUUGAAUGUGUUAAAUUUUGGCGAUCAGGGUGUAUAUGAUAUAGUGAAUAAUCUUGGCUCCCUUGUGGCCAGAUUGAUAUUCCAGCCAAUAGAAGAGAGUUUUUACAUUUUCUUUGCUAAGGUGCUGGAGAGGGAAAAGGGCGCCACGCUUCAGAAGCAGGAGGACAUUGCUGUGGCCGCUGUGGUUUUGGAGUCCCUACUCAAACUGGCUCUGCUGGCUGGCCUGACUAUCACUGUGUUUGGCUUUGCCUAUUCUCAGUUGGUUUUGGAUGUCUAUGGAGGAGCCAUGCUGAGCUCAGGAUCAGGUCCUGUUUUGCUGCGUUCCUAUUGUCUCUACGUCCUCCUGCUUGCCAUCAAUGGAGUGACCGAGUGUUUCUCAUUUGCUGCCAUGAGCAAAGAGGAGGUUGACAGAUACAAUUUCACGAUGCUGGCCCUGUCAUCCUCUUUCCUGGUUUUCUCCUAUCUGCUGACCCGUUGGUGUGGCAAUGUGGGUUUCAUCUUGGCCAACUGCUUUAACAUGGGCAUUCGGAUCAUGCAGAGCCUUUGCUUCAUCCACCAGUACUACCGAGAGAGUCCCCACCGACCUCUGGCUGGCUUAUACCUGUCGCCAGUCCUCCUUGGAGCAUUUGCCCUCAGUGGUGGGCUUACUGGUGUUUCAGAGGUGUUCCUCUGCUGUGAGCAGGGCUGGCCAGCCAGGUUGGCACACAUUGCUGUUGGGGUCUUCUGUUUGGGAGUGACUCUUGGGACGGCAUUCUUCACAGAGACCAAACUCAUCCACUUUCUUAGGACUCAGUUAGGUGUGUUCAGACCCGCUGACAAAACAAUGUGCUCGAAGAUGCACUGA